CUCUUCAAUACAAAUUUUCUCUUCCAGAUUUAUUUAUUCUUGGGUACAUACUAGUAAAUUCUUCAAUAAAUCUAUUCUAUAUCUUUUUACAAUCAAAAUACUAAUUUGACAUUUUUAUGACCAGAUGAAUAAUUAUGAAAAUUCAAUCGUCGAUACCGAUUCGAUUAUUACUCAAUAGACCGAAAGUAAAAACAACUCGAUAAUGAAAUGAAAACCGUUCCGUUAUCCGUGAGUAAGUUGUAAUGGUAUAGCGAUCCAAUUAGGAUGGAAGGUACUUGCUAACUCUCGAACACUUUUUGUGUGCUGUCAAAAUAAGUAGCGUAAUCAAACAUCAGCUGAUACUUAUAGAAAAUUGAUGAAUACUGAUUAUCGACCGCUUUUGAGCCAAUUAAAAUAUUGUUGGGGCAAUCGUUGUGCACAGCUACGCGGAGCCAGUACGGUGUGGUCGAGUUAAAGCAUUUAAGCUACGCAUUUAAAAAUAUAAGUCGUGCUAGUAGUACAAACACAAUGGCAGAAAAAUUCAAAUUACCUGCGAGGUAUGGAGCGGGCGAAAAAAGUGUUUGGGUUGAAUACAUCCAACUGGCUGCUGAAUACAAGCCUGCAGUGAACUUAGGUCAGGGUUUCCCUGACUACCAUGCACCAGAACAUGUCACAAAGGCAUUAAGUGAAAUUGCAACGGGUGAUAAUGCAUUGUUAAAUCAGUAUACCAGAGGAUUUGGCCACCCACCACUUGUGCAGAGUUUAUCUAAGUUGUACUCCCCAUUGGUAGGCAAGAAUAUUGACCCAUUUAAUGAGAUCAUUGUCACAUACGGUGCUUAUGAAGCACUGUACUCUGCUAUUUUAGGACAUGUGGACCAAAACGAUGAGGUGAUAGUCAUUGAGCCCUUCUUUGACUGCUACGACUUCAUGAUCAAGGCUGCUGGAGGAAUCCCCAGGUUCAUUGCGCUUAACCCCAAAAAUACAUCAGGAACUGUAACAUCAGCGGACUGGGUGCUAGAUGAGAAGGAGUUGGAAGGUCUCUUCAACUCUCGUACGAAGAUGAUCAUCCUGAAUACUCCCCACAACCCAAUAGGCAAGGUUUUCACCAAGCAUGAGUUGGAGUUAAUAGCAGAUCUGUGUAAAAAGCACAAUGUCCUGUGCUUGUCUGAUGAGGUGUACGAAUGGAUGGCCUAUGAACCCGCUCAGCAUAUUAGGAUCGCUUCUCUACCAGGUAUGUGGGAGCGUACAAUCACAGUCGGGUCUGCCGGCAAGGCGUUCUCGGUGACUGGCUGGAAGACGGGCUGGGCGUACGGACCGGCCGCCCUCAUGAAGAACCUGCAAGUGGUCCACCAGAACUGUGUCUACACCUGCUGUACUCCUAUACAGGAAGCGAUUGCCCGCUCUAUGGAGUUUGAGCUAGCCCGCCGCGAUUCCCCAGACUGCUACUUCAAAGCGUUGGCCCGGGAACUGAUGCCCAAGAGGGACAUGCUGGUGGAAACCCUCAAGGAAAACGGCUUCAACCCCACGAUACCCGAGUCUGGCUACUUCAUCGUCGCCGACUGGACUAAAUUGGCCAACAAAAUCGAUCUGUCACAAGAGCCGGACAAGUACAAGGACUAUAAGUUUACUAAGAAGUUCGCGAAAGAGACGAGCGUCCUCACCAUUCCACCUUCUGCAUUUUAUUCGGAGCCACACAAGCAUUUAGGAGAGAACUACGUCAGAUUCUGCUUUAUCAAGAAAGACGAAAACUUACGCCUGGCCAGCAAACUUAUCAAGGAAUGGAACAGUAAGAAGGGAAACUAGGUAAUUUUAUAUAAAUACUGUCAAUUGUGAUAUAUUAUGUAUAUAAAAUAGUUAUAUAUUUUUAUACAUUGUUACUGCCAUCUCAAAUGUAUUUGGAUGUUUUUAUGUUAUUUCUUUUGUUUAACUUUAUAAGAAUCAAAU